AUGAGCCCUAAAAUAUCAGACUUUGGUAUGGCAAGGAUAUUUGGUGGAAAGCAGCAGCAAGGAAACACUAUUAGAGCUGUUGGAACAUACGGUUACAUGUCUCCAGAAUAUGUGAUGGGUGGCGCCUUUUCUGUUAAGUCGGACAUUUAUAGCUUUGGUGUUCUUCUCUUGGAGAUUGUAAGUGGCUUGAAGAUCAGCUCACCUCAGCUUAUAAUGAACUUUCCAAACAUUACAACAUAUGCGUGGAGAUUAUGGGAAGAUGGAAAUGCAAUGGAACAGGUGGACUCAACAAUUGCUGGUAGUUGUCCAAUUCAUGAAGUUCUACGGUGCAUUCAUGUGGGACUCUUGUGUGUUCAACACCAUUCAGAUGCUAGGCCACUCAUGUCAUCGGUUGUGCUUAUGUUGGAGAAUGAAAUCACUUUGCUUCCAGAGCCGGAGCAACCUGCAUAUUUUGCAGCAAGAAAUCAGGAAAAUGGACAUACCAGGGAAAACAUGGAUAAUUCACAAAAUACCAUGAGUAUCACAACACUAAUAGGGCGUUAG